CCCCUAUAUAAACCUCUCUGUCCUAUUACUUCCCUCUCACUCCAAAUCCUCAAAAACAAAAUGCCUUUCUUCCUCCUCCUUCUCUUCCUCUCCCUUUUCUCCUCAGCCACUGCUUGUGAUCGUUGUAUUCAUCAAGCCAAAGCCGCCUUCUACCAAGACGAAGCCGCCGGUCUAUAUAGAGGCGCUUGUGGCUAUGGCGAUCUUACAUUACAGCUCUCAAAUGGCUACUUCUCCGCCAUUAUGCCUCCUCUUUACAAGUAUGGCGCUGGCUGUGGCGCUUGUUUUCAAGUAAGGUGCAAGAACGAGAAGAUUUGUAGUAAAGAAGGGACGAAAAUUAUUGUAACGGAUCGAAACGACAAUACUUAUACAGGAUUGGUUCUUAGUCAGAAAGCUUUUGGUGAAAUGGCUGUGAGUGGAAAAGAUGGAUUGCUUUUGAGUUACGGAGUUGUGGAUGUUGAAUUCAAGAGGAUUCCUUGUGAAUACAAUAACUUAAACUUGAUGGUUAGAGUAGAAGAAUGGAGUCAAUAUCCAAAUUACUUAGCUAUUAAAUUGCUUAACCAAGGUGGCCAAACCGAAAUAGUAGCCAUCGAUAUAGCUCAGGUUGGUUACUCGAAUUGGGAUUACAUGGGUAGGAACUACGGUGCUGUGUGGGAGACUAAAAAACCAGCUCCAAAAGGACCAUUGCAAUUACGGUUCGUAGUUACUUCUGGAUAUGAUGGCAAAUAUAUUUGGGCUAAACACGUACUUCCUGCUGACUGGAGACCUGGACUAGUUUACGAUACUGGAGUUCAAAUCUACGACAUUGCUAAAGAAGGUUGUCCAACAGAACAGUGUGGCGAUGGACAAUGGAAACGACGAUAGAUAAAUCACGACUCAACUCCUCCAUCAACAUACAUGCUAUAUUGUAUAAUGUUAUGCUGUUUGUCAUGUAAACAGUGUAAGAAAAAAAUGGGAAAAUAGAAUAAGGGGAUGGAUGGAUGGAGUUGUAUGAUGCAUGAUUGUAUCAUAAUCAUUAAAGUAAAUAAUAAAGUAUAUGAAAUAUGAAUGUUGAUAUGAUA